GAGCCCGGGUCUUGCCGGCGUCCGUGUGGGCCGAGAGCGAGUGGGCCCGCGGGACCCCGAGAUGGCCGAUGAGAUAGACUGGCUGGACUUGCUGGGCCGGUGGACCUACGGAGUUGACGGCGGUGGGAGAGUCUUCUUCAUCAAUGACGAGGAAAAGUCAACCAGCUGGGUGCACCCAAGUACAGGAUCCCCCAUCAAGAGCGGCCAUUGUUCUGGCCCAGGUUUGCCCAAAGGCUGGGAGAUGGAUUCCACCCAGGAAGGAGCCGUGUACUUUAUCAACCACAAUGAAAGACGGACCACGUUUCUCCACCCAGUGACCGGACAGGUCCCGGAGGAAAACAAAAAAUUCAACUUGAAAACAUCGGCCUUGGACAUGUCCAGUAAAGCAGGUGGGAAGCGGGUGGCUACUGCCAACAGUGACCUCACCAACCACAACAUGGUGUCCGAGGUCCCUCCGGAGCGGUCCAACAUCCGGGCAACCCGGACAUCCCGGAAGGCCAUCGCCUUUGGCAAACGCUCACACUCCAUGAAGAGGAACCCCAACAUGCCGGUCACCAAGGCGGGCUGGCUCUUCAAGCAAGCUAGCUCCGGGGUCAAACAGUGGAACAAACGCUGGUUUGUCCUUGUGGAUCGUUGUCUCUUCUACUACAAAGGUGAGCUGCGCCUGACAGCCGUUCCCCCACUGCUUCUAACUCUGCCAGAUGCUGGUCACCUGGCCGCACACCGGUGCCGCUCCCCGGAACAAGGAGGGACUUCUUUGGUGACUGUGUGCAGGGUGGACGAGACUGCGGACAGUACCACGCACUGCCUCUCCCCACAGGCUGAGCAUGCCGGGGUCCGCACCUACUUCUUCAGUGCUGAGAGCCCUGAGGAGCAGGAGGCCUGGAUCCAGGCCAUGGGGGAGGCCGCCCGUGUCCAGAUCCCCCCAGCCCAGAAGUCAGUGCCCCAAGCUGUGCGUCACAACCACGAGAAGCCAGACUCAGAGAACACCCCACCCAGCAAACACCACCAUCAGACACCCCACAACAGCCUCGCCAAGUCUGAGCCCGAGGCCAAGACUCGAGGGGAGGGCGAUGGCCGAGGCUGUGAGAAGGCAGAGCGGAGGCCAGAGAGGCCGGAAGUCAAGGCUGAGCCUCUGGCGAAAGCGAAUGGCGUCCAAACUGGCCCAGAACCCAUCUCAGAGCCCGGCAGUCCUUACCCCGAGGGCCCAAGGGUGCCAGGGGGUGGGGAGCGGCCUGUCCAGCCCAAUGGCUGGCAGUAUAGCUCCCCCAGCCGGCCGGGGAGCACAGCCUUCCCAUCUCAGGAUGGGGAGAAUGGGGGCCAUCGGCAGAGCUUCCCCCCACGCACCCAUCCCGAUAAAAUCGCCCAGCGCAAGAGCUCCAUGAACCAGCUUCAGCAGUGGGUAAACCUGCGCCGGGGGGUGCCCCCAGCCGAAGACCUUCGCAGCCCCUCUAGGUUCUACUCUGUGUCCCGAAGGGUCCCUGAGUAUUAUGGCCCCUACUCCUCGCAGUAUCCCGACGAUUACCAGUACUACCCCCCAGGGGUGCGGCCAGAAAGCAUCUGCUCCAUGCCAGCCUACGACCGGAUCAGCCCUCCCUGGGGCCUGGAGGACAAGCGCCUCUCCUUCCGGAACGGGGGCGGCCCCGCCUACCAGCUGCGGGAGUGGAAGGAGCCCAGCGGCUAUGGGCGGCAGGAUGGCACCGUCUGGGUCCCCAGUCCCUCCCGGCAGCCCCUGUACUAUGACGAGCUGGAUGCCGCCUCCAGCUCCCUGCGCCGCCUGUCCCUGCAGCCCCGGUCCCACUCUGUGCCCCGCUCGCCCAGCCAGGGCUCCUGCAACCGAGUUCGUAUUUACUCCCCCGUCCGCUCGCCCAGUGCCCGGAUCGAGCGGCUGCCGCCCCGCAGCGAGGACAUCUACGCGGACCCUGCUGCCUAUGUGAUGAGGCGGUCCAUCAGCUCCCCCAAGGUCCCUCCGUACCCAGAAGUGUUCCGGGACAGCCUCCACACCUACAAGUUAAACGAGCAAGACACAGAUAAGCUGCUGGGCAAAUUGUGUGAGCAGAACAAGGUGGUGAGGGAGCAGGACCGGCUAGUGCAGCAGCUCCGAGCUGAAAAGGAGAGCCUGGAGAGCGCCUUGAUGGGGACCCACCAGGAGCUGGAGAUGUUCGGGAGCCAGCCCGCCUACCCCGAGAAGCUGCUGCACAAGAAGGAGUCUCUGCAGAACCAGCUCAUCGACAUCCGUGUGGAGCUGUCGCAGGCGACCACGGCCCUGGCCAACAGCACCACCGAGUAUGAGAACCUGGAAGCCGAGGUCUCUGCCCUGCACGAUGAACUCUGGGAACAGCUCAAUUUGGACAAUCAGAAUGAGGCGCUCAACCGGCAAAUCCAGAAGGAAAUCUGGAGGAUCCAGGAUGUGAUGGAGGGGCUGAGGAAGAAUAACCCAUCCCGGGGCACAGACACGGCAAAGCACAGAGGAGGACUUGGCCCCUCAGCCAGCUACAGCUCCAACAGCCCCGCCAGCCCCCUCAGCUCCACCAGCCUCACCAGCCCCCUGAGCCCCUUCUCACUAGUGUCUGGCUCCCAGGGUUCUCCCACCAAGCCUGGCUCCAAUGAGGAAGCUGGCCCACCGAGGCCUCCCCUUCCCAAAGCCUACGUCCCCCUGGAGUCUCCUCCAACCGUGCCUCCACUCCCUAGCGAGAGCCGCUUCUGGCCAUACCCCAACUCCCCUUCCUGGCACCACAGUGGCGAGACAGCCAGGGGUCAGCAAAGCAAGAAAGACUCCCACCAGGCCUCACCCCUGGACACCUCAAGAGACAUCAGCCUCAUGCCCAGCAGGCAAGAGGUGGAGCCGGAGAAGCAGGCUGCACUCAACAAAGUUGGCAUCGUGCCCCCUCGGACCAAGUCGCCCACUGACGAAGACGUGGGCUCCUCCAGGGUGCUGAGGAGGACCACCAACGGGCUCCCCAACGGGCUGUCCUCCCGGCAAGAGCGCCCCAAGAGUGCCGUGUUCCCCGGCGAGGGCAAGGUCAAGAUGAGUGUGGAGGAGCAGAUUGACCGUAUGCGACGGCACCAGAGCGGGUCCAUUAAGGAGAAGCGAAGGAGCCUGCAGCUCCCAGCCAGCCCGGCCCCUGACCCGAGCCCCCGGCCCACCUACAAAGUGGUGCGCCGUCACCGCAGUAUCCACGAGGUGGACAUCUCCAACCUGGAGGCGGCCCUGCGGGCAGAGGAGCCGGGCGGGCAGGCCUACGAGAGCCCUCGGGAGGAAAUCGCCCGGCUUCGCAAGAUGGAGCUGGAGCCUCAGCACUAUGAUGUGGACAUCAACAAGGAGCUCUCCACCCCAGACAAAGUCCUCAUUCCCGAGCGCUACAUUGACUUGGAACCCGAUGCCCCCCUGAGCCCCGAGGAGUUGAAAGAGAAGCAGAAGAAGGUGGAGAGGAUCAAGACCCUCAUCGCCAAGUCCAGCAUGCAGAACGUGGUGCCCAUCGGCGAGGGGGACCUUGUGGACGUGCCCCAGGACUCAGAGAGCCAGCUGCAGGAGCAGGAGAAGCGGAUUGAAAUCUCCUGUGCCUUGGCGACCGAGGCCUCCCGCCGGGGCCGCAUGCUGUCUGUGCAAUGUGCCACCCCAAGCCCUCCCACCUCCCCCGCCUCCCCGACUCCACCAGCCAACCCCCUGUCGUCUGAAUCCCUCCGGGGCGCCGACAGCAGCCAUAUCAUGCGGGUCUGAGCUCUGACUGCAAGCCCUGGCUGAGGCCAACGCUGUGAAGCUCCAGAGAGCCACGUUCUGAAGCCGCCUCUGUCCACCUGAGGCCCCAGGUCCCUAA